CGACGAAGUUUAAACUACAGUAUUUCUUUAUCGAUCAAAAAAGAAAUUUCCCUGGAGAAAAAUAUUAUUAAGAGGUCGGAAUAAUUUUUCGGAUUUUUGUUGUCAUUUUACGAAUCCUUUAGGAGCACAUGGCGCCGCUAGUUACGAAAAAUUACGCAAGGGAAAACGUGAAUUUCACUCGGAGUACGAAAAUCUCGUUUUGGUGAUUGAUUAAAGGGGAAAAGUGCCUUUUAGCACGGGAAAGUUCAUUGGUUUUAUCAACUGAUGAUCAUGUUUGGGUGGAGGCAGAUGUUGAGAGCCUCCCUGAGGCUGUUCCCAGUGAAAUCCCUGGAGAGAGCUCCAGUCCUCCCCGAAAAUGCUCCUAAGACUCUCCUGCAGACUCUAGAGAGCGAAGGAAUCCUGAGGAAAUUCUCAACCCAAGUAAAUGACAGUCCCCAGGAGCAACCGAUCAAGGAAGAACCCCUGACAAAACACCCAAUUGCCAAAGUAGAAGCGAAAAUGAGGAUAAUGUUCACCUGCAAAAAAUGUGACACGAAAAAUUCGAAGACAAUGACCAAGUUAGCUUAUGAGAAGGGAGUUGUCAUCAUUCGUUGUGAUGGGUGUAAAAACAAUCACCUGAUUGCUGACAAUUUGGGCUGGUUCGGAUCAAUUCCCGCUAAAAGAAAUAUCGAGAAGAUCAUGAAGGAUAAGGGACACACUGUGAGGAGACUUCAAGUUUAUGGAGCUGAUACUUUCGAAGUUGUGAGUAAAGAUGAGAACAUUGAAAUUAAAAAGGAGGAAGCUGUGGAGAUAGAGGAAGAAAAACCGCUGCAGAUAGAUCGGUAAUGAAUUCACCAUUUAGAGAGAAACUGGAAAAACUUGCAUUCAGUUUUUGAUAAAUCCAUGGGAGAUACGAUCAUUUUCCGCAGAACCUUUUUUGUAGCUCUUAAAAUUAUCUACGAAAAAGGUUCGAUCAGAAAUGUCGACAUCUCCUUUAGAUUCCGAGAUAUUUACGAAAAACAUCUCGUAAUAUUGAUUUUGGGGAAGAUGAAGUGAAUUAAAUUUUUUGAAUCAUCAACAUCUGCUGAACAGAUGAUGGAAUUUGAAUGAGUCAGAUCUCAAUUUCAAAUCUGAAAAAAAUCAUUAAAAAUGAAACAAAAAAGUAUAAUUUCACUUCCCUUUAUAUUCGUAAAUAAUCAAUUUAAAUAUGUAAAAAGUUUCUGUAAUUAUGAUUGUAUGUAAUGAUUGUAUAAAUUUUUAUAGAAUAAUUCAGUCUAUACA